AUGAUGGCGCACCAGGACCCCGAGAUGGACCACCCCGAGCAGCCCGCGCGCAUCCACCGCAUCUUCUCCUACCUUAAGUCCACCGGCCUCGCGCAACGGUGCAUCCGCGUGGCGGCGCGCGAGGCAACGGACGAGGAGCUGCAGUCGGCGCACACGCGGGACCAUGUGGCGUUCAUCCGCGCCGUCAGCAGCGACCAGCUGAGCGCGGAGGAGAGAGAGGCGUGCAGCCGCGCCUUCAACUCCAUCUUCUUCAAUGAAGGCUCCUCCUCCUCCGCCCUCCUUGCUGCUGGCUCCGUCGCUGAGCUAUCGCAGCAGGUGGCAGCGCACAAGUUGCAUCACGCUGCAGCAGCGGUGCGGCCGCCAGGGCACCAUGCGGAGGCGCACUGCCCCAUGGGCUUCUGCCUCUUCAACAACGUCGCCCUCGCCGCCAAGCACCUCCUGGACAGUGGCAGGGUGCAGCGCAUUCUGGUGGUGGACUGGGACGUGCAUCAUGGCAACGGCAUCCAGCACAUGUUCUGGACCGACCCGCGCCUCCUCUACUUCAGUGUGCAUCGCUACCAGAGCAGCAUGUUCUACCCGGCAGGCCCAGAUGGUGACAACGACAAGGUGGGGGCGGGGCAAUUCAGGGCAGAGCGGGGCGCGUGGAGUGGUUUCAAACUCACACCUGUCACCCUUUUCCACACCCCCGUCCCCCCUCCUUCCCCCAGCUACGAGGGUGGCAUGAUCGAUCUACCUGCCGUGUCCGGACGGGGACUACGACAAGCUGACGCCCUUUGGCUACUCGCACCUCACACACAAGGUGCCCUUGCCCCCUCUCCUCUUCCCCCCUCUUCUACCCCUCCUCUCCCCCACUUCCUUUCCCAUCAUUGUCGUUGCACAUUGUCUGCUCGCCUUUCCCACUCUGCCACCAUCACCUCCUACAUAUCCUCUUCCUCACUCUUCCCCUUCUCCCAUCCCCCAUCCCUCUUCCUCCUACCUUUUCACCAUCCACCUCCAACCCCCCUUAACUCUCUCCCCGUCCCUCCCCAAACCCCACCUUCCCGUUCCUGGAACCUGUUCCCUUUGCUCAUCUCCCCCAUUCCUCCUGCUCUGCUGUCUCCCUCCCCAACCCCUCUUCCCCCCUUCCUUUCCCACCAUCCUUGUCUCUUUGCUUGCUCGUCUUCUUCAUUCCCCCAUUCCUCGCCUCCCACCCAUCUACUUCCUCACUCUCCCCCUUUCUCCCAAUACCCCUCCCUUUUCCUCCCUCUCUCCCCCCCCCCACACACAACCCUAAACCCGCCUUCUCUCUCCCCGUCCUCCCCCUCUCCCCCUUCCGCCGAGCACCAGCUGCUGCGGGCAACAGCAGCGGGGGUGGUGGUGGUGUUGGAGGGGGGAUACAAUCUCUACUCCAUAGAGCAGUGCUUCGCUGCCUGUGUCGCCGCCAUGCUCGGUGAUCCCCCCAUCGCUGCUCCCCCCCCCCAAUGGCCCCUCCGCCUCUCCCAAUCCGGCCUCGCCACCGUGCUUCAGGUGCGCAAGCAUCUGUCCCAAUGGUGGCCGUGCCUCGCCUCGCCUCUCGACCUCUCCACCUUCCUGCACUCCCUCGCAUCCCUCCACGCCUCCUUCUCCUACACCCCCAUCUCCUCCCAAUCCCCUGCUUCCCUCCCCCCCCACGUCUCGUCUGCCGCUGCUGCCGCGCCUGCUCUGUCUAUGGAGGAUCUUUCCUCGCUUCUCUCGCAAGCUGAGACGGCGCAUGUACCUGCCACUGCUGCUCUGGCUUCUGCUGGUGUUCCUGUUGACAUGCAGGUGUGUGAGCAUGUGGGUGUGCAGGUGUGUGGGUGUGCAGGUGUGCGGGUGUGCAGGUGUGUGGGCAUGCGGGUGUGUGGGUGUGCAGGUGUGUGGGUGUGCAGGUGUGUGGAUAUGCAGGUUGUGUGGGUGUGCAGGUGUGUGGGUGUGCGGGUGUGUGGGCAUGCGGGUGUGUGGGCAUGCGGGUGUGUGGGCAUGCGGGUGUGUGGCCAUGCAGGUGUGUGGAUGCGAGAUGCUCUCGCACCAUCCCCUCUUCCGGUUCGGGGUAUACAUUCUUCUACGCCGAUCGGUCCAGGCCGCGACAUGGAGCCCUCGCACCAUCAUGACACGCCCAUGCACGAUGGUCCUUCCACCAUGACCAUCCACCCGUCGCCGCCGUCGAUCGCGCCGUCAAUUGCGGAAGAGGACUCCGCGCGAUUUGCGUCGGCGUCCGCGGCGGGGAGCACGGCGGAGGACUCGCAUAUGAGCGCGCUCACCGUGUCCGAUCGCGCGCCCGCGCAACCAGCCGCGGGUGGUUACCAUCCCGCCGCAACUCCCCCAUCAGCAACAGCAGCGCCCCCAGUCAAACCGACCGCAGCAGCAGAAGCAGCUUCCGCAACGGCAGCAGCAGCAGCAGCAGCAGCAGCUGCAGUUUCGGCAGAAUCAGGCGCAGCGGUAGAAGGAGCAGCGGCGGGGGCUUGGAGGGUGGGGGUGGCGUACGACGAGCGCAUGAUGGCGCACCAGGACCCCGAGAUGGACCACCCCGAGCAGCCCGCGCGCAUCCACCGCAUCUUCUCCUACCUGCAAUCUACCGGCCUCGCACAACGGUGCAUCCGCGUGCCAGCGCGCGAGGCAACGGACGAGGAGCUGCAGUCGGUGCACACGCGGGACCACGUGGCGUUCAUCCGCGCCGUCAGCAGCGACCAGCUGAGCGCGGAGGAGAGAGACGCGUGCAGCCGCGCCUUCAACUCCAUCUUCUUCAACGAAGGCUCCUCCUCCUCCGCCCUCCUUGCUGCUGGCUCCGUCGCUGAGGACAGUGGCAGGGUGCAGCGCAUUCUGGUGGUGGAUUGGGACGUGCAUCAUGGCAACGGCAUCCAGCACAUGUUCUGGACCGACCCGCGCCUCCUCUACUUCAGUGUGCACCGGUAUGCUCCUCUACUUCAGUGUGCACCGGGCGGCAUGUUCUACCCGGCGGGCCCGGACGGGGACUACGACAUGGUGGGGGCGGGGCGGGGCGAGGGCUUCAACGUGAACGUGCCGUGGCCGGGCGGGGGGUACGGCGAUGGGGACUACUUUGCCGCCUGGGACCUCCUGCUGCUGCCGCUGCUCUCCGCCUUCCAGCCCCAACUCGUGCUCGUCUCCGCCGGCUUCGAUGCAGCGGUGAACGAUCCCCUUGGUGGGUGCAAGCUGACACCCUUUGGCUACUCGCACCUCACACACAAGCUGCUGCGGGCAACAGCAGCGGGGGUGGUGGUGGUGUUGGAGGGGGGAUACAAUCUCGACUCCAUAGAGCAGUGCUUCGCUGCCUGUGUCGCCGCCAUGCUCGGUGAUCCCCCCAUCGCUGCUCCCCCCCCCCAAUGGCCCCUCCGCCUCUCCCAGUCCGGCCUUGCCACUGUGCUUCAGGUGAGUGAGGUCUCGGGUGCUUUAGAACCGCGAGUGCUGCAGAUUGUGGUGCAUGUCGACUGGAAAAAGGAGAAGGGGAAAAAGGCGAUGGCGCGUGACUUCAAGGGGUGGGUGAUGUAUGCGGAAUGGUGGUGGACGGCGAAGAAGAUGAUAGGAACGAUUUACGACAUCAUGCUGCAACUGGCGGAGGAGUUGUCGACGCUGAUGCAUAGAGACGAAUUGUGCAAGCGAAACUGGGCUGUUUGGGAUGGCGUGCACACGGCGCUCGGGAACAGGCUCAGGUUCGGAGACCUUGUGUACGUUGCGCACAAUUGGACUAUUGUGCACAACCAGCACAAGGAUGCAGCUGUUGCAAGGCCUAGUGAGGUGGGAAGGAAGGGAGGGGUCGUGGAGGGGAACACUCCCACACCUCCCCUCCCCGAGGGGUACAAAUUGAAGGAGGAUGGGGAGGUGGAGAAUCACUCUCUCCCCUCUCCCAUCCUCAUCCCCCACUCUCUCCCCUCUCCCAUCCUCAUCCCCCACUCUCUCCCCUCUCCCAUCCUCAUCCCCCACUCUCUCCCCUCUCCCAUCCUCAUCCCCCACUCUUCCCACCACCAGGUGCGCAAGCAUCUCUCCCAUUGGUGGCCAUGCCUCGCCUCGCCUCUCGACCUCUCCACCUUCCUGCACUCCCUUGCAUCCCUCCACGCCUCCUUCUCCUCCACCCCCACCUCUUCCCACCCUGACUCUUCCUUCCCCCCCCACGUCUCGUCUGCCGCUGCUGCCGCGCCUGCUCUGUCUAUGGACGAUCUUUUCUCCCAUCUUUCUGAAGCUGAGAUGGCGCAUGUAGCUGCCACUGCUGCCGCUGCCACUGCUCUGGCGUCUGCUGGUGUUCCGGUCGACAUGCAGCCCACAUCCCCCUCUACCCCCUCCGAUGCCUCGAUAGACUUUGAGGACCUACCAGGGGUUGGGGCAGGGGAAGGGGAGAGUGGCACAAGGAGCAUGGGGUUUAGAGGGGAUGGGGAGAGUGCGGGAGUAGCAGCCAAAGAGACUCGAGAUGGGGCAGGUAUGGGAGAAGUUGCUAAUGGAACGGAGCAGCAGGAGGAAGUGCGAGCAGCAGGGGUCAGUGCAACACUUGCGGCAGCCACUGCGGUUGAAGGACGGGAGGGCGGGGGCAAUGGGGUGGAAAACGAAGCCAAGCCGAGAGAUGAGAACGGAAGCUAUUGGGAAGGGAUCGAGCCAGAGAGCAAACCCGAAGAGGUUAGCUUGAAAGACGAGAGCGGGGAGUUUAAGGAGGAGUGGAAGGAGGAAUGGAAGAAAGAGGAGGAGACUUUUGUAUGGUACGCAAGCUAUGGGUCUAACAUGCUAGAGGAGCGAUUCAUGUGCUACAUACGGGGAGCAGCAGGCAUGGGGGGCGAAGCAGGUGUGCAGGUGCACCAUCCACCUGGGUCCAAGGGAGGGCACCCGGGCACGGCACACACAUAUGUUCGCAUGUAUAAGAUCACUCUGCGGCAGUUCAACGAGGUGGUAGCACAGGAGAACUCCCGGUCCGCGUCUCUCCUCGCCACCACCAACCACUCACUGCUCUCCCUCUCCCUCCUCGCAAAACUCUCCUCCCGCUUGCUCAAUGCUCUCCCCGCCUCGUCCCUGCAAGGGCCCUCACCCUCUGUCCCAUUCGAAUCUAGCCGCACACCAGCAGCACUCGCGUCACCACCGGCAGCAGCAGCAGCAGCAGCAGGGGCAGCAGCAGGGGCAGCAGCAGCAGGGGCAGCAGCAGCAGUAGAGGCAUCAGCCUGCACCACCAUAUCUGAUGCACAAGCCAAGCCUAGCGAUGCUACUGCUGCUGCUGCCGCUGCUGCGGCAGGUGGCUGGUACGGCACUGUGCUGCUACUGGGCUUUGAUGAUGGAUGCCCAAUACUCACCUUCAGCUGUUCCGAGGCAGACCUGUCCAAGUUCCGCCUGCGCAAGCUGCCCAUGAACCCGCCCUCUGAAGCCUAUCGCCGAGUGGUGGCCAGAGGGCUCGUGGAGGGGCUGGGCAUGCCCCUUUCAGACGCCCACGCGUACAUUGACAUGCGCUCUCGCCCACUGUGA